AUGCCCUUACAAAGUCGUGGAAAUGGAGGAUCUAUUCGACAGAGGAUCCGAUCCCACCUCGAAUUUGACAAGAAUAGUCGUACUUCAAAAUUUGUUCGGAAUCUUAAAAGGCACGAAUUUUCGAGCUUUAAAAAACACAAUUCUCAUCUGAUAAGCUCCAUCGCAGCAAUAGUCUACUUGCAAGCUUUGAUGAUCUACUAUAGAAGGAAGAUGGAGAAACGCACGUCACUUUGGAAGGCGGUAAUGGAAGGAGGCAAAGAUACCGAGGAAUUGAGGGAAGAGGAUGAAAAUGAAGAAAGUGGUGACAGCUCUCCCAGUUCACCAGGUGAAAAUGCGGAAAAUAGUCCGAGUCAUUCAUUAACUUCGAGUAAUGACGCUACCAUAAAUGGUGAGGCUGAUCAGAGUAGUUCAAAGCAUACCUCUCCAAGAGAAUCAGUAGUCGAGCAACCUUCCGGAUCUGUAGUUUCUCCCAUUCUCCUAAACACACCGGAGAAUAAUGUAAACGAGAAUCACCAAGGGAAGGUGCAAAAACGCGGAAAUGUGACCUUUAAGGCCCCUGAUCCGCACCGGCGCUCAACUUAUAUUGGCCGAAUGUUCGGAGAUACAGAUGGAUCAAUCGAUAAUUUGAGGCCUCCAUUUACUCGUGAUCCCGAAGGAAUUAAUCUCUACUUGAGAUUGGGCACUGUCUUAUUUGGCUUUGGAGUAAUGAUAAUGGACGUUUUUCGUAUCGCCGAUAAAUUUCGAGCAAUUAACAGUGACAGCAACUGCCACAGUAUCCUAUGGAUUCCAAUGAAUUCCAUCCACGCCAUCUACAUCUUCAUGCAAACGUACUUCCUCUUCAAAUAUCAUCGGAUCACAUUCAAUGUGCAAAAAUUCUUCAUUCGAUUCAUAAUGUGUCAUAUGGCUGUAUCCAACCUGGGUCAGUGGAUGAGCACUGUUGUCGAGGAGGUAAUUACCUCAGAGGAGGAACUAGAAUAUAAAGUGCUUCUAAACGCUACCUCCGAACCUGAAAGCCAUGGGCUCCACACUCCACUCCACAAUGACACUUCGCAUCAUUGUCAAUCACCAGCGGUAUUAUUUGUGCACUAUUUGAUACCCUGUGGAAUUGAGUACAGUUUGAUAGCUGGAGCAAUCUUCUAUAAGAUGUUUCAACGCAUUGGCCACGUGGGAGAGAGGCGACGCCACUUUAGUAAGGAUCACCAUGAAUUAACGACAAAAGAGAAGUCAUAUCUGCAUUUUCAACGAGUUGUUGGACUUACUUCCGACGACCCAACAGAAUGUCAUCGGGCUCACAAAGGUCUAUUCCUAGGACUUCUGCUCUUUCUUACAACUCUUGUUGCAAUGGCGCUCUUCUACGUCUUUCGACAUAACAAAAAGCAUGAAACGGCAGUAUACCUCUACCACAUUAAUAACAUAAUUCUCAUAACCGUAGGCAUCAUUGGUGUAAUUCUAGCUCUAAUUCGAAUCAAGGAUCUCGCUCUGCGAGAACUCUCCGAAGAGGACGCUUUCGAUGAUAACCUUCUUCUUAUUGGACUCCUGGCCACCCUAUUCUAUUGUGUGUUUAGCCUCGUGCCAGCAAUCUCCUCGGUGCAUCAAGGUGGGGGGUUUUUCGUAGCCAAGGCGAUUUUGGAAAUGACUCAAGCACUGCUACAGGUAUUCCUCAUUCUGGAGGCCUCGCGAAGAAGUACCGCCACAGUAGAACAGUCAUUGACUAAGCCGGGGAGAUCAAUGAUUACUUUUCUUCUCAUUAUUAACCUCUCCAUGUGGGUGAUCUACACGUUUGCCUUGAAACCGGCGGAAAAUUCCGACAUCUUUAAGGCCUAUUAUUCUGGUCUUGCGUGGAAGAUUAUCUCUAACCUCUCACUUCCUCUUAUCAUCUUCUUUCGUUUUCAUUCUACCGUCUGCUUUGCCGAUAUUUGGACCAAUGCCUAUCGGAUGCACGAGGCUGCCAAUACGAUGGAGAACAUAGCUCUUCUUCUUUGUCAGUGCUUUCAUUCACACGUCACAUGGAAAGCUCACCUCAUGAAACUCCAACUCCAACCAACUGGUUGCUCUCAAUCGCCAUUGGCUCAAGUGGGGGGGACUUUUUGGGGAUCCCGUGUGGUGGCGAAUCCCAAUGGCAGAGCCGAGAAAAUUGAAUUUCCCUUGAAAGGUAUGGAAGAAAUUGUUAUGGUGGAAUCUGGAAAUAAAAAGAAGAUAGAUGUAACGAAUGAGAAAGAAUGUAAACUUCUUGAUGGUCGUCGUAUAGGUGCACCAUGCGAAAUCUCAGAAGACAAAACAGUGGUAUCUGUUGAUGAUGUUACGAGACAAUAUGCUCUCAUUGUUGGUAAAAUCAACAAACCUUUUGCAGGAGUUUACUUUGCUCCGAUGUGCCAAUUUUGGAAACCCCAACAAGAUGAACUCGAUUAUGGUUACUCUUUUCCAUUUUUCAUACUGGCAAAGAACUCCCAAAAUGUUACACUCAGAUUUGCAGUUGGUGGUACUACGGGCCAAGAGUAUAUGACCCUUUAUCGGAAUCAUAUAUCCAUGGGUGAAUGGAGAGGGACUGAUCCAGAAGAAGAUUCUCAAAUAAAAACGCCAUUGAAAGUAGACACAGAUCAUAAUCGAAGAACGAUCGAGAUCACAAUUAAAAAGGAAAAUUUGGCAAAAGAAUCUUUUUACUGGUAUAGUGAUAAGGGUGCCUUGGUAGUCAAUGUUGACUGGGAUCAGGAAGGAGAGUCUCCAGAUUACGUAACCUGCAGAAGUAUGUUCCACUAA